CGUUGUUUUCGUCGUGUUCGCUGCAAUUCCGGUCGGAGUAGUUAUUUUCAAUAUUUCUAAUUCGUGUAUAGCCGUGUAAUUUCAGUAUGGAAGCAGCAAGGUUUUCACUAUUACUGCUGGAGCCGGGAGAGAUCUACUUCGAAGACUUUUCCGUUGAUAUGGUGAAACAAGAGCAGGCCAUGGAGCUGGACGAAGAGAUUCGCAUGAGCGGUCGGCUGAAAAUGUGCUCAAAGUCUUUGGUGUUCGAGGCAAAAAACAGUGGCUUACUGCCGUUGGUUAAAAUCAUGUACAAAGACUGCAUAAGCAUAAGCCGGCACGAGAACAACAAAAGUGGCAAUUCCGAUAUUUCGCAGCUGUUGAUUCGGUGCCGACAGUACAUAGAAAUGUUGAGCGAGAACACCAUUCAACCAUAUCAUUUCGUACAACGAGAGUGUCGAUUUCUUUUCAAUUUCCACUUCGCAAAGCUAGAUGAAUGUCUCCAACAAAUUUGCCAACUGAACCGUGCCUCAACGCUGCCUUCAUAUGAACAAAACAGUAUGAUUGCUACAAUUGUCUACUCGAGGCAUAGCCGAGUAAAAUUUAAUCCACUCUGGUUAAACAGUUUAUACGAACGAACGGUUGCCGAAUUUCACGUAGAAGAAAUCAAUCCUCUCAUCGUUAAUCCUGGGCGACUGCUUUUGACUAAUUCCUUUAUUUAUUUGCAAUCGUACAACAACAUUCACACGAAUCCUGUGCUUAAAAUCAGCAUUAAAUCAGUCACCAGUCUUUCCAAGCAUCGUUAUCUUCUCCGGCAAAUAGGGCUUAAAAUCCAGUGGGAUACAAAGGAAUCGAACGUCGAAGAGCAAUGUCUUUAUCUAGCGUUCCGCAAUGAAACCGAUCGAGACAGUUGCUUUCGUAGCAUAACGGGUCAGACUGAUUACGCCGUACAUGACCAGAGCCCUGAAAGCAUGACACUAAAGUGGCAAAACGGGCUCGUAUCGAAUUAUGAUUAUUUGCUGUAUCUAAACGGAUUAGCCGACCGUUCAUUUCAAGAUUUGACCCAGUACCCGGUGUUUCCGUGGAUCAUAACAGACUACACAUCGGCCGAGCUGAAACUCAACGAUAGUGUCGUGUAUCGCGACCUGAGGAAGCCGGUCGGAGCGCUGAACAACGAACGUUUGGAAAGACUACGCAUGAGGUUCGACGAGAUGGGUGAACCAAAAUUCCUCUACGGGUCGCAUUACUCCACACCGGGAUUUGUACUGUACUACCUCGUGCGAAAGCAUCCGGAUCUAAUGCUCUGCCUGCAGAACGGCAAGUUCGAUCAUCCGGAUCGAAUGUUCAACUGCGUGGCGGACGCGUUUCAUAAUUGCAUGCACAACAUGUCCGACUUUAAAGAGCUUAUACCGGAGUUCUACGAUACCGGGCGUAAGGGUGAUUUUUUGAUGAAUAGCAUGAAAAUAGACUUCGGUUGCCGCUUCGAUGGUGCACCGGUGAACAACGUUGCUCUACCACCGUGGGCACAGAACUCACCGGAACGUUUCGUGCAUCUGCUAAGGGAGGCCCUGGAGUCGGACUAUGUUUCCGCCAAUUUGAACCACUGGAUCGAUCUGAUAUUCGGUUACAAACAGCAAGGAGAGGCAGCACUUGCUGCGGACAACGUUUUCUACCAUCUCUGCUACGAAGGAUCCGUCGACCUCGGACAGAUAAACGACAUGGCGGCACGGCACGCAAUGGAGGUGCAGAUUUCCGAGUUUGGACAAAUCCCGAAGCAGCUAUUCCGCACUGCUCACGUAUCGAAAAUGCAGGCCAUCCCGAAGGGUGUGCCGGCACAGUCAAGCAUGGUGAUAAAGAAAACGCAGGAGUACUGUUCACACAAGGAUAUCAUAACUGCGCUGGCGAUCGAUGGGUCGACGGGUAAUAUUUUCACCACCAGCAAAGACGGCACCAUGACCUGCUACAAUCCGGUGGAGAGACGAAAAAUUCGAAGCGUGCAGCUUAGCGACCUGCCGAUCAGUUCCGUGCAGCUUCCCUCCGACCAGUCGGUUGUUCUUGGAGCCUGGGAUAAUACCAUCCUAAUUUAUAAUUUCGACUUUGGGAAGGUUUCAAGCACCAUCCGGGCACACGACGAUGCCGUUUCGUGCCUGUCGUAUGUACCGAUGCAUGGGUUGCUCGUCUCUGGAAGCUGGGACGGUAGUUUGAAAAUUUGGAACAACUACCACAACGAUGCCGUGGUCGGGUACAUCACGCUGGAGGAAAAGAUUGUUUCGAUCGACAGUGCGUGUGCUGGUGAGCGCAGCAUUCGCGUGGCAGUCGGGCUGCAAAGCGGAGAGCUGUUGCUGUUCGAGUUUGAUGCCCGCAAAAUAAACGCAACGUCCACCUACACGAAGGACAACCAUAAGAAUCUACUGACGCACCGGGGCGGUAUCUGUGAGGUGAAGUUUAACGCGAAGGGAACGCUUAUUGCGUCCUGCGGCGAAGAUCGAACCAUGUACGUGACGGAUGCGGACAGCAGUAUGACCAUCUGCCGGAAGGCGCUGGACACCGUGGUGCGAUGCCUUUGCUGGACGAAAGACUGUAAAUAUCUGCUCAUGGGAGACCAGCGAGGCCAGCUGCACGUGUGGAGCAUGCUGCAAGGCAUGAUCGAGUGCGAGAUGAGCAUUCAUAGUGAGAGCGUGUACUGCCUCGGUAGUUUGGACAAUAAUCAGAUAGUGAGCUGCGGCAAGGAUGGCAAUAACUAUUGCAUAAAGCUGUGGGAAAUCGCAUAACCGUAACGAUGUGUAGUAAUUAAAUUGUUUCAUUUCAAACCCUAAUCUUCUGUUGGAGAAAUCCUUUAAAAAAAACUGAUAUUUUUUAACUAUAAGUAACGCAGCUGAUGUAUGCAUACGAAAUAAAAAGUGUUCUUGGCUCUAGACCUCUGCAAGCAGGAAAUGAAUGGGAAACCGUUGCGUUUAAUUAGUUGUGUUU